UCUUCACACCUUUCUUCAUCUACUCUCCGGUAGAGUACUCCGGCGAGUGGCAUUAGGCAUGGAGUUGUACAUUGGCGACUCCCACAGGAGUCGUCGUCUUUUGCCUACUCUUAUAGUAGUUUUUGCUAUGCUUGUGGCUUCAAACAUAAAUGUAGCUUCCGCAUACGAUGAACCUCCUUACGAUUACAAGUCACCGCCGCCUCCUUCUCCGUCCCCUCCUCCCCCUUAUUACUAUAAGUCUCCACCACCGCCUUCGCCUUCACCUCCACCACCUUAUUAUUAUAACUCACCACCUCCUCCUACUCCGUCACCACCACCACCUUAUUACUAUCAGUCUCCGCCACCUACUCAUCCUACACCCAUUGUGAAGGUGGUCGGAUUAGUGUAUUGCUACAAAUGCUACAACUGGAAACAACCAAUGGAAUCCGAUAUCAAAAAAUUCCUUAAAGGCGCGAUCGUGAAGGUUACAUGCACAGCAGGAGACGAUAAAUACGAAGGCUACGGCGAGACAAAAAGCUUCGGCAAAUACUCUGUGACAAUCAAAGACUAUCCAUACUGGAAAUACGGUGCUGAAGGAUGCAAAGUUGAGCUCCAUGCUGCACCAAAAGACUCUCUUUGCAACAUCCCAACUGAUUUAAAUAAGGGCGCCAAGCUUGAAGUCAAAUCCGAAUCAUAUGAAGAGAUUAUUCUCAAGGCCAAAAGCCUUGCCUUUGCUCCUGAAAAACCUUAUGAUGAGUGUGAAAAACCAAAAUCACCACCUUACUACUAUAAGUCCCCACCACCUCCAUCACCAUCUCCUCCUCCACCUUACUAUUACAACUCACCACCUCCACCAUCACCAUCACCUCCUCCUCCCUACUAUUACAAUUCACCACCUCCACCAUCACCAUCACCUCCUCCUCCUUACUAUUACAAAUCUCCUCCACCGCCAUCACCGUCUCCUCCACCGCCUUAUUACUAUAACUCCCCUCCUCCUCCAUCACCAUCUCCACCACCUCCUUACUACUAUAACUCUCCUCCACCACCAUCACCAUCUCCACCACCUCCUUAUUAUUAUAAGUCUCCUCCACCACCAUCACCAUCUCCACCACCUCCUUAUUAUUAUAAGUCUCCUCCACCACCAUCACCAUCUCCACCACCUCCUUAUUAUUAUAAGUCUCCUCCACCACCAUCACCAUCUCCACCACCUCCUUACUACUAUAACUCUCCUCCACCACCAUCACCAUCUCCACCACCUCCUUAUUAUUAUAAGUCUCCUCCUCCUCCAUCACCAUCUCCACCACCUCCUUACUACUAUAACUCCCCUCCACCACCAUCACCUUCUCCACCUCCUCCUUAUUACUAUAACUCCCCUCCACCUCCAUCACCAUCUCCACCACCUCCUUAUUAUUAUAAUUCUCCUCCACCACCAUCACCAUCUCCCCCACCUCCUUAUUACUAUAAGUCUCCACCACCACCUUCACCAUCCCCACCUCCUCCUUACACCUACUCCUCCCCACCACCUCCAAUUCAUUACUAAGAAUAAGACCAUCAAAGUCCUCUCCACUUCUUCCCAACAUGCAGGACCUGUGUCAUGCAUGGAAGGUAGAGAUUCAAAGUGCUUCUAUAAUAACCAUUUCUCACUCUAUUUUUCAUUACUAGUUCUUUAAUUAGCAAGCACAGAGCUUCAUCAUGGACCCUUCCAAAUUCAAUAAGAAAUGGGAAGAAGUGGGAGUCACUUUGUAGCUUAAUUAAUUACAGUUGUUAUGGUUUGUUUCCUUUUGUUGUAUUAUUGUAUUUGUCAUGCAUGUUCACACGUAUAAGUAAUUUUGAUGUCUAAUAAUGUCAUGUGAGCUUCUUAUUGUGCAAUAAAAUGAGUAAUUUGGUCA